AUGACCAUUGAAGCGCCCCAAUCCACAUUAAAUACCAUCAAUUUUGUUACACAAUGUCUAUGUAUUCCCAUCAUUACCGUCUUUGUGGCGCUGCGGUUCGCAGUUCGCAUUUAUUUUAACCAAUUUGUCCUGGUUGAAGAUGGUAUGUCGCAACCUGAACACCCGGAAUCUCCACCCUUUCUGUCUACUCGCAUGGGCAAGUUCUCCGUCUUCUUGCUUAAUACGUCCACUAACACCCCGCAGGCUCUGUUUAUGGCAUAUUGUGGUAUUGCAAUUGAAGUGGGCAAUUAUGGCGCAGGCUAUCACUAUACCGUAGUGUCGCCCGAUCUUCAGGUUUCUUUUCGAAAAUGGUGUUAUAUUGCGACCGUCGUCUACUGUCCUAUGAUUCUCUUCGUGAAAUACGCUCUACUUUCCAUCCUGAUCCGAAUCUUUUCCCCUUACAGAUCCAAGAUUUUGUUUAUCUAUGCCCUUCUUGGCUGCCUUACCAUCUACUAUAUCGUCGCCGAAAUUGUCAAGAUCCGCAUGUGUGAUCCCAUUCCCUCGUACUGGACGGUCGACCCCAGUGGAAGUUGUCUCGAUCAACGCGCCGCUCUUAUCGCCGACUCAGUCAUUAGUGUGGUCACUGAUGGCAUCAUCCUCGUGUUACCACUUCCGUUGACCUGGUCGCUUCAGAUGUCUCGGAACAAGAAGUUGCGCGUGGUCGGCAUCUUGUCGGCAGGUGGCCUAGCAACAGCCUUCAGUAUCUACAGACUGGUUUUAGUUCUAAGAGACGGGAGCUCUAUGAACAUGACGGUAGUGUUUACUUGUGUCAUCCUUUCAGGAAAUGCCGAAGGCGGCAUGGGUCUUAUCUGCGCCUGUCUGCCCACCCUCAAUAUCCUUAUAAGUAGACUGUGCAAAGCAGGCUACAGUUAUGGUUCGAAGAAACAUUAUACGCAUGAUUCGUCCAUGCAACUCAGCAAAAUGAAAGGCAAUGACAGCAGAAAUAUUUCGACCAACAAAUCAAGGAGCUCAAAAUCCGAGUUCGUUCCUGCUUCCGACCAAAGCCAUCUGAUUUCAUACGCAGACAUAGCCAACAUUGGAUCUUCAAACGACGGAUACAUCCAUAAGACGAUUGAUGUAUCGCAAUAUGUGGAGAUUAUUGAUAGGCCUGAGAAAACAUAUCGCCCGGUUUAA